AGCUGCUGGAGGGAGGAGACGCGGGAGGACGCUAUAAAAGAGGCAGCAGCUGCUCUGCGCUCACAGCACAAGCAGCGCUGAGCAUCCAGAGGGGAACCCCGCAGACCGGAGCAGACUUCAUCCUCAACCGUUUUCAGGACCACAAUGGAGACAGGGAAUAAGAGCCAGACAGCAGCUGAGCAGCUGACAGACAGGGACCUGUCGGAGCAAAUCAAAAAGGUGACGAAGGAGAGUCACGUCAGAGCGGAGAACACGCAGCUGAUGCUGAGCUUCCAGAGGGGACAGGUCACUCUUGCGCAAUAUAAGCUCCUCCUGUGCUCGCUGCAUGACAUCUACCAGGCUCUGGAGGAGGCGCUGGACAGGAACUGCAACCACCCCGGUGUCGCACCCAUUUACUUCCCCGCUGAACUGGCCAGGCUGGAGUCCAUCCAGAAAGACCUGGAGCACUUCUACGGCCAGAACUGGAGGGAGAGGAUCGUCGUCCCUGCAGCGACGCAGAGAUACUGCCACAGACUCAGACAGAUUGGUGAGGAAAACCCAGAGUUCCUGGUCGCCCACGCCUACACUCGGUACCUCGGGGACCUGUCCGGGGGGCAGAUCUUGGGGCGAAUUGCCCAGAGGUCCAUGGGGCUGAAGAGCAACGAGGGUCUGUCGUUCUUCGCGUUUCCCGGCGUCUCCAGCGCCAACCUGUUCAAGCAGCUGUACCGCAGCCGCAUGAACAACCUGGAGCUGACGGAGGAGCAGAGGAACGGCGUGCUGGAGGAGGCCGUCCGCUCCUUUGAGCUGAACAUUCAGGUCUUUGAUGAUUUACAAAAGAUGGUGAAUCUCACGGAAAGCCAGAAAACACACUCCACACACUCCGAGCCAGAGAAGAGCCUCCAGCUCCCUGGGACCUCAGUCAGCGCUUCUCCUCUGCUCAGGAUGUUCCUGGGACUGUUUGUGGCUCUGGCCACUGUCAGUAUGGGAAUCUAUGUUCUUUAGACACCAAACACCAGCACUUAACAGAAUUUUUGUUAUAUUUUUGUAAUUUCAUUGAGAACCACGGUCACAUGUAUUCAAUAAUUCUUCUCUAACACUUUUAGAAAGUGCAAUAUACGUCUUAAUACUGUAAAUAUGAAACUAUUUAAUAAAGUUUUUUGAAUAUAAAAUGA